UUUGAUUUACGAAAGUCAGACAGAGCUCAGAGCAGUUCAUCAUGUCAGAUUCACAGUUCACUGAUUUGAUUGAAAAGUAUUCAGAAGCGAGAAAACUUUCAGAAGAGGCAUCCAAGAAAGAUCCAGAAACCAAUCCCUAUAAAUCAAAGUAUCAAGCAAGGGAGUUGCUUCAUGAAAUUAGGAAAGAGUUAGAAAAUGCCAGUGAGCAGGGCGAGGAAUCCAAAGAGCUCAAGUUUCGCUUAGCACUUAUCCAGUAUCAACUAGGAGUGAACUUUUUAGAGACUGAAGAGACAUCAUCAGGCCAUGAGCACCUUACCAAGGCUGACAGCAUUCUCAAGGAUUACAGACUAGAUUCAAGAUGUGUUACCACUGCACUCAACACAUUGAACCAGCUUGCUAUUCUCUGGUGUACUAGGAGAGAUCAUACAAAAGCAAUGGAAUUCUUGAAGGAAGCCCAAACUGUUUUCCAAACUUUCAAGAAAGAGGUUGGCUCAUCCCCUUCUACCAUUCAUGAAUUAUUCUUAAAAGAAACAGACUACCCAUCUGAUCUUGAGAGAGAACAACAGUUUGAGAAUUGUUACACAUUAACACUAUAUUACCUAGCACAGGUGUAUGAGAAACAAGGAGAAAAGAGCUUGACUGCAAGAUACUGUCACAUGACGCUUCAAAGACAACUGAGUACUUUUCAAUACGAACCUGUAGACUGGGCUCUCAACUGUGCUACACUUUCACAGUACUACAUCACACAAGAUGAUUAUACAAAGGCAAGACACUGUCUAGCUAGUGCAACUCGUAUAUUUUCUGAAGCAGAGAACAAGCCAAUCCCUGAAGACAUGGAAAGAGAUGAUAAAGAUGCUUGGCAGGAAAACAUCAAGAGUCAUAAAGCUAACAUCAACAGAUGCUGGAUCAAAUAUUGUAUUUCUCUUCUACAGUAUUCCAAAGAACACCAGCUGAACGGAUCUCCUGAGAAUGCAUCUAGUACUCCCUCUUCAUCAAGUAAUGGAGGAGAAACGCCCUCUAUCGACCAGGAUGAGGAGAAUGUGACAGAAGAAGACAAGUUGGUUGAUCGCUUUGAGUCUUUAGAGCUUACUUCUAUUGAAAGUCAAGUCAGAGAUGAAGUCAUUUUGACAUUUGAUGAGGCUCGAAGUGUGUUCCUAGCUGCUCAGAAGUGGAUCAAUUCUUCCAAAGAAUACUUUGUCCUCGAUGGAUUUGUCUCAGAUCACAUAGAACUAGUCAAAGAUCACAGUCAACUCUUCAAGCUAAUAUCAUUCUUUGAGACUGACUUUGAACGACGAUGCAAGAUGCACAAGCGAAGGGUAGACAUGCUGGCUGAUAUGUUAGAUGGACUCAACAGACAACACUUUCUCGCUAUAUGUAGACAACUCAUGUUUGAAUUAGCUGAAACUUACAGUGAGAUGAUGGAUUUGAAGAUAGCUCUAGCUGAGAGACAGAGGGUACCACCCACACCUAAGGUAGCCUCAAAGAUAAACUCCUUAUGCAAGCAGAGUUCGACAUAUUACAAAGAUUUCAUUGAUUCAACAAAGGACCAUGAGGGAAAAUUGCCAGAGAAGUUUGAGAGUGAUGUCCUGAGGCCUGUUUUGGUAGCUUACUUCUGUAUCGGCAGAUUAUACUCAAAGUUUGUAACACCUAGCCCUCCUGAGAGAUUGGAUUAUCUUCAGCUGAGUUUGGAUAACUACAAGGCUGUAGUAGAUUACUGUGAGAAGAAUCCUGAUCAGAAAGACACAGUCAAGGAGGAACUGGAACUUUGUAGAGAGAUGACUGAGCUGAUUCCACUCAGGAUGGCCAAUAUCAGAGGAGAGGUGCAGAUGAGGUAGAAGAUCACUCCUGUUAUAAGCUACUGAAAUCCUUGCAUCUGAUUGGCUCAUAGGAAAUUUGCCAGUGAUAAGGUGCUUCAUGAAAACCCCUCCUGGUCUUGCUGUGGUGAGCUUUGUGGCAGGUAUAUCUGACAAGAGGGAUGAUACACAUUGCAUUCCGAUGGUUGGUCUGGCAUCAGCAAUGAUGGGAGACAGUUUUGAGUAGGUUUAAUCAUGUGAAAAGAGUUUGUAAUAUGCCUUGGUCAUUGUUCAGUACUUAAUAUGGUUUUUAUUUUCAGCAUCAAAUACCUGUAAUCUCCCCUAAUGAAAUCUGUAUUUUGAAGAGUUUCAUUCCAAAGGGAGCUAAAUCCAUGGUGUUUUUUUUUUAUAGUAAAUUACGGUUUUCAAAUGAACCACUUUCCCUUAUCUGGUAUUUUGUUUUCUAUAUAUAUGAUACGGCUAUCAUGUUAGAUCAAUUUUGUAUUAAUUCAGCGGGUCUUCCCUUUGUCCAAGAAAACAUUUUCAUAGAUUAAGCAUUCGCACAAAGUUGAUUUGUGUCUGAUGAAAAAGCCCCUAUUUGCAGUACUUUCCCUUUGUCUAUGUUUAGAUUAAGGUGGCCACUGUAUAAGGUGAUUAUAUUAUAGUUAAGAAAA